UAAUACCUAAUAACAUCAUUCAAAGAUCAAACUUAUAAUGUCUUCCUCGUCUUCCUCGUCCAAACGGGUGGGCGGAAGAGUCAGAAACCCGGGACUCGAAUCCCGGCCGUCCACGUCCCGCAGCCGCCGCCGCCGCGGCAGAGGAGGAGGAAACGGCGUUUGGCCUGGCCCCGUCGUCGAAGCUUUGGCCUUCCAAGUCGCCAUUGACGCCGUUACUACUAACGGACGUCUCGCCGCCGCCACUGCCCUUGCCACGCUCUUUCAGGUUUGUUCCACGUGGCAAGCCGUGUCUCGGUCCCCUCUUCUAUGGCUCAACCUCACCGCCCGGGUAUGGAAUCGCCACCACUUACUCCGCCACACGUGGCGGGACGAAUACAUCUUUUGGCAUCAAGCCGCCGCCAAUUUCAGGAUGGGCCGUUACGUGUACAGCACCCUCCAUUUCGUGCCUCCCAACGCCGCCGAGAACGCCGCCGACGGGCUCUCGUGCCGCCGCCUCACGCUCUCCGACCACCACCUGGCCGCCGGAUUCUCGGACGGCUCGGUCCUCCUGUUCUACAUCCCCUCCAGGCUCCACCUCUCCACCUUCCACCCUCACCACCGCGACCGCCUCGGCCGGUUUUCCAGCGCCGUGUCGGGGAUUAUUUUGACGGAUGCCCGCCUUGUCUUUGCGUCUCUCGACGGCGAUGUUCAUGUGGUCACCGUCGGGGGAUCUUUGCCGCCGCGUAGAGCUCAUCUCGGCGACGUGGUCAACGACGGUGCUUUGGUUGACUUCGCCGGCAAUGACCGGUGGUGGGUUGGACUCUAUGCAGGAGUGCCAGGAAGGGCGUUUCACAUAUGGAACGCCGCCAGGGAAGAACUCGUGUUCGUAGGCGGAAACCUAAGCGAUCCGGAGGCGGUAAUGGGGUGGCAUCUUCUGACCGAGCUGACCGACCUGGUCGGCCGAGUCAGGGUAACGAGCCACGACUCGGCCGUGGCAUGCACGAGCCUCCGAAUCAUCGUCUUCGACCUUGCAAACCAAGGAGUCGUCAUCGGGGAAGAAGACCGAUUCCCCCGGGGACUAGUCGUCGGGGCAUUCGACGCCCGUAACGACUCGUUCCUCGCUGUGGAUGACCGCGGCGCGGCGAGCGUCUGCCGCGCCGCGGACCUGAGUCAAAGGUGUUGGUUCAGUGUGCGCGGCGCGUCGCAAGGGGGUGUUGUGGGGUGCAUGAACGGCGGUUUCGCGGUGACGGCCGCCUCGGGUGUGAUUCGGGUUUGGGACAUCGAGCGGGACGAAGUCGGGGUUUACCUGCGGAGUUUGCGGGAGAGGAAUUUGGACGUUAAUUUGCUGGUUUCGGAUGAGAGGCAUUUGGCUGGCUGGUCUAGGGAUGGUACCCUUCAUUUGUGGGACUUUGGAGGUCAGCAGUAGUACAUCAUUGGGGGCUUUGUUUGUGUUGUAGGGAAAUCAGGAAGAAAAUGACAAAAUGGGUCUUUAGAGUUUUGUGUAGGGUCAUGAGGGUGUCCUAGGACAAGAUGUGUGUAGUGAAUUAGAGGGAGAGGAAGGAAGGUUUAUUGGUCAAUGACUUUAGGGCUAUUGGUUUCUCAUGUUUUGCUGUUUGUGGGUCACCAAUGCCAAGUUAAAAUUGAGUUUUCCUUUUCAAUGUGUAUAGCACUAUGGGCAGAUAAUAUAAUAUAUGGACCCUA